CAAACUAAUCUUUAGUACUGUAUUAUCAGUAACUCAGUAAGGCAUCGUUUGGUAGGGCUUAUAUUUGUGUUAAACCCGUUUUCUCUCUCUCUAACUCAUCUCUGUGUUCAACCAAAGCCAAAAAUUUCUCUGCGCGUCGAUGGAGAGCGGUGAGCUCGCCGAAGACCAAAAAUGACCUCACUGCCGAUCUCUCUCACUGCCGAAUGUUAUCUGCGUCCUUAAAUCCAGAAAAGGUUUAGAUUAUCAUUUUUGAUGUUUUUGGAGUACCCGUGAAGAAUGAUAUGGAGAUUUUCGACUAGGUUAUUGAAUAUAACCAUAGCUUCUUUUUGCAAAGCACGACAAUUGGAGAAAGCCGAAGCUGUUCUAAUUGAUGGUAUAAGAUUAGGGGUAUUACCAGAUGUGGUUACUUACAAUACAUUGAUUGCUGCAUAUUGCCGUUUUGAUGGCGUUGACACAGCUUAUUCUGUUAUUAAUAGAAUGAGAGAAGCUGGGAUAAACCCUGAUGUUGUUACAUAUAAUUCAUUGAUAGCUGGUGCCACCAGGCAUUGCCAAUUAUUGCGAUGUGUGGACCUGUUUGAAGAAAUGCUUCAGACAGGUAUCCGUCCUGAUGUGUGGAGUUACAAUACUUUGAUGCAUUGUUUCUUUAAAUCAGGAAAGCCAGAUGAGGCCAACAGGAUCUUUCAAGACAUUAUUCUGAGCAAUUUUGUUCCUUGUCCAACUACGUUCAACACCAUGAUUAACGGCCUUUGCAAGAAUGGAUAUACUGCUAAUGCCCUUAUGUUAUUCCGGAAUUUACAGCGUCGUGGAUUUGUACCCCAAAUAGUAACAUACAAUAUUCUUCUCAAUGGGCUUUGCAAGUCGGGUAGGUUGAGGACGGCAAGAAGGAUUGUCAGAGAGCUAGGUGAAUCAGGUCCUAAGCCGAAUGCUAUAACUUACACUAUAGUAAUGAAAUACUGCUUUAGAUAUAGGAAAUUUGAGGAAGGACUUGAGAUCUUCUCAGAGAUGAAGCGGGAAGGAUAUACAUUUGAUGCCUUUGCAUACUGCACAGUUAGUGGUGCUUUAAUUAAAACUGGUAAGCUAAAGGAGGCAAAAGAAUGCAUGGAGCAAAUGGCCAGGAAUGGCAUUGAGCCUGACAUAGUGUCUUACAAUACCCUCAUUAAUUUGUAUUUUAACGAAGGUAAGUUUGAAGAUGCCUAUAAGUUGUUGGAUGAGAUAGAAAAAGGAGGGUUUGAAUGUGACAAAUAUACCCACACAAUUUUGAUUGAUGGAUUGUGCAAGGCAGGUGACCUUGAAGGGGCAAAGCGACAUUUGAAGUACAUGGACUCAAUGGGCUUUGAUUCAAACGUGGUUGCUUAUAACUGCUUGAUUGAUGGGUUGUGUAAGGCUGGUCAGAUUGAUUAUGCAAUGAAGGUGUCUGAACUGAUGGAGGAAAAGGAUUCUUUUACUUGUUCAUCCUUGGUACACAAUCUUUGCAAGGCAGGGCGAUUCCGUCAUGCUUCCAAGCUCCUUCUAUCUUUUUUAAGAAGUGGCAUCAAAAUAGAGCAGUGUACCCAACGGGCUGUUCUAAAUGGUCUUCGUUCUACAGGAUAUACAAAUGAAGCAAGGAAGCUCCAGUCAAAAAUUCGAUUGACUAAGAUAUUACAUUCCUGAUUUGAGUAUGAUGCUUUAAUCAGUUGUGUCAUCUCUCACAGUGCUUGUUCCUUCUGAAAUACAUAAUAUAUUACUUUUUAAGUCAUAAUUUAUAUGCUUUUAUGUUUCAGGGUUUCUGAAACUCUUCUAUUAUAUGACAUCUUAAAUGAGUUUCAGAAAGGUCACAGCCGCAACAAGACAGAGGAGCAUACUGCCAGCCUAUGUUACAUGGACUUGGGUACGGAUGUCGGACAUGGGUAUGUAUCCAUGCGUCGGAUGUGUCAAAUCUCCAAACAAAAGGACACAUGGACACGGCUAAAUAUUCAUUUUAUUAAUUAUUUUAUUUUAUUUUUUAGAGUAAAGUAAUGUUUUUGUCUAAUAUAAUGUUCAAUAUAGACAUUUAACUCAUUUUAAAGUAAUAAUAUAAUGUACUUGAAUGAUUAAAUAUGUUUUUUAAGUACAUGUCCAACCAAAAGUGUCGGACACAUAUCCCAUAUCCAUGUACAAGGGAUAUGUGUCCGACACGGGUACUUCAAUAUUUUUGAAGAGUCCAUGUAACAGAGCUGCCAGCAAGGGCUCUGCAGAUGAUUCAGUGAAGGAUGUGAGGUUAAAUAUCGAUGGUGAAAAGCCUUCCCGAGAAAAGAGAGUUCAAAGAAAAUAAGAUCGUUCCAGAAAUGGACGUGUUUUCCCAACAGCGCAAACAAUUCUUAUAGGGGCAACUCUAGGAGCAGGAAGUGGUCAAAGGACAUGUACUCCGACAUCCUGGAGAUAGAUGGAACCCACUCCCAAAGCUCACUGAAGAAGAAGAAGAAGAAGCUGUUGGCAUUAUAACAAUGGAAGAUGCUAUUGAAGAGCUUUUACAGGAGGAGAUCUUCGAUGAAACAGAUCAUCAUUAUGAAGAUUCAUGACUAUGGUUUUGUUGAUACAUAAUGUAGUACAAUACAGAUGGCUACCAAAAAUGUUGUAUUUGCACGUGAGUUGUAUUGUGAUGCACCGAUGCAGGCUAUGCUGGAGUGGGGGAGAAAAAUCUGAACCCUACUUAUAACUGUUUUUAGGGAUUAUGUCUUAUUAAAAACAACAAUUUAUGGUUUGUAAAUGUGAAAAAAAUAUAUAUAUUUAUGAUUUGUUUUACAGUUAAA